AUUAUGUAGUCGAUGGCUAGGAGGAAAAGGAAGGAAGAUAAGAUGCACCCCUGUCUCACACCUGUCUCGAUUGUAAAAAACUCUGUUGUUCCCUCUUCUGUUUUAAUGCAGCAACUAGACUGACUGUAAAGGUGUCGUAGGAUCUGGACGAAUUUUUCUGGGCUACCGUAUUCUCUAACUAUUUUCCAUAGUGAUUCUCGGUGGACAGUAUCAAACGCUUUUUUUGAAGUCCACGAAACUGAUCGUUAGCCGUUGUUGGUACUCAAGACUUUGUUCUAUGAUAUUUCGUACUGCUCUGUACAUGUUCUGCCUCUUCGGAAACCUGCUUGUUCUUCUCUGAGCCUUUCAUCUACAGACUGUUGAAGCCGUCAAAAUUGAGAAAAGACUAAAUGUGGCUCAACAGAGAUGGAUGAGACGGAUUUUGGGUGUCAGUUACACAGAUCGAGUCUCAAACAAGGAAAUCCUAUGCCGAACUGGGAGUCGAACACUUAGUGAGGUUGUGACUGAGCGUCGCAUGAGGUUUACGGGACAUGUUCUACGUCAAAAUGAAUUACGCAAACCAAGAGUUGCGAUAACAUGGAAGCCAAAACGAGGAAAGCGCAAACAGGGACGUCCUCGUAUUACCUGGCGACACACCUUCAUGGAGGACCUCAGAACAGUGGACACCAGGUGGGAGGAGGCUUCAGACAUUGCCAGUGACAGAUCAUUAUGGAGACAGCUUGCCGCCCAAUGCGCCGAACGGCGCGGGAGGACCUAAGUAAAAGUUGAUCAAGACAAGACAUUGGUUUGGAGUGUGCGGCUCUAAAAAUAUUUAUUGACAUUUUUUCCUAUCCAAGCUUCAAAAAUGGCCAAAAGAAAAAAGAAGACUGUAAUUAAAAAGAAGAAAGAGUCUUCGGAAGACACACAGCCACCAGCCAAGAAAGUAGAUUCAAGAGACACAACCACCCCAACCAAGAAAAUAGAUAUAACAGAGAAUGAGGCCUCCUCUACAAGUCAUUUGGAGGAAGACCUAGAUCAGGUCCAGAGUUUUACAAGCAUAUCAUUAUUGAAUACCAAAUCCGAUAGCACAGAUCAGUCUCAUUACUGGUGCAACUACUGCAGUUUCUCUACUGAUGCCAAGAAGGACCUUAUCGGACACAUGAGAGAACACAUGAAAAAAUGUCCUUAUUGUACCUUUGCUAGUCUUUCCUUGAAAGAGGUGGCUAAGCACAGCAAAAUGGAACAUGAUAAAGAUCUGGAUGCUGUAUCACAGGAGACUGAAUCGUCUACAACCUGCGAGAUAGACAAAGAUCCAUGUUCUGCUUGUGUUUUCUGUGAGUUUAUGACUUAUAGCACUGAGCAUUUAGAACGACACACUGUUCUAAAGCAUCCUGGGAUGCUAACAAAAUCUGUUGCCAAAAUGAUUACAAAGUCAUGUAGCGCUGAAAUUAGAAAAAAUGAUGCUUUGUUUUAUUUAAAUAUCUCUGAUAAAAACUUUUCUGAAUUGAAAAGCAGCUCAGCUGAACUUUCCACCAUAGUUAUAGAUGUCCCUGAAGAAAAUACUAGCAGAAACAUAAAAUUAGAGGCUAAACAUAGUCCUCUUGAUGUCAAAGUCAAUCAAUUGACUCAUUCCUUACUAGGGAAAGAUGAAGAUUGUUUCAGUUCAAACAUUGUUGAAUUUAAAAGCAAUAGCUCUAAGGAGGCUAUAACAUCUUCUGACACUGCUCCUGACUGGAAAGUCAAAGUAGAAACCAUGUAUUGCCUAACAUGUCCAUACAGUAAUGUCUAUGUUGAAAAACUUAAGUGCCACACACUGGCACAACAUCCUUUGGGUGCUGCAGUCUGCACAUACAAUUCUACAUCAGAAAGCUCAACUGACCUUGACAUUACCUUUUUUUGCAUUAGGGAGUACUGCAGUUUUAACACGGUUGACAGUAAGUCUUAUCAGCAGCAUCUAAUGAACUGUUGUUCUAGUCGUAGUUCAUUGACACUUAUAGAAAAAGAGAGAUUACAGGCAUCACUUGCCUAUGUUAUCAGUUUUCAGAAAAAAUAUAACAAAGUUGCUGAAAUAGGGUUUUCCAAUUUUGUGCAACCAUUUACCAGUUUGCAUGAUAAGGCUUCUAGUUCAGUUUCUCAAAGUCAUUUGAAUGAUGACAUGAAUACUCUUGGACAAAGUGUACCAAAAGUUCAGUCUCAGUUUGUUUUGUCAGAAAUGCAGCUUAACCUAGAAAAUCAAAUUGCUCUGAAACAGAGUAGACCCAGUGCUAGUCCUGUUGAAGUAACUCUAUUAGGAAGUAAUUCUAGCUUGGUAUUACCAGAGAAGAGUCUAGCCAGAACACCAAAAGUGUAUCCAACAAGCAGUUCUGAAAUAAGAAAGCAAUUUGCCAACAGUGCUGAACAGUUCAUUGGACCUGACAGACUUACUUCAACAAUAAGCUCAUCUCAGCUUUCUUCCACAACUGAUAUGGCUUUUAACAAACAGCAACUAAAUGCUAUUUCCACUUCUGUUCUACUACCUGAUGAUUGUAUCUCACAGCAGUACAUCUCUCAGCAAACUCUACAAAAGGAAACUCAAAGAGAAACAUCAAAUUCUUUAUCUGUUAACAGUAAUACGCUUAUGUCUGAAAUGUUACCCACUUCUUUACCUUCUAACAGUAUUGUGCAAAAUACUAACAAUGCACUUUGUUAUCAAGACAUCUUAAGCCAGCCGCUACAAAGUAUGCCAGUUACAACUGUGGAAUGUCUAAAUAAUGAACAAUGGCAGACUUCAGCAUCCGUAGCUUCUGUCCAGUCAUCCAUGAUGCAGGGCAACCAAAUUUCUCCAAAUGUGAUUAGUACUGAAAGUACUCAAAGUUUCAAUUCAAAUCCUACAAGUGUACCAAAUUUUUUAGUUCCUGCCAAUAAUACUGUUUCAGAAGCUGAAGCUCAUAUUGAGCAAACACAUUCAACAUUUUUAACCCCCAGUAAAACUGCAAGUGUGAUAGCACAAACCUUGUCUACUCCUCCUAAAAGUAUUUCCAAUAUGACUAAUGCAGCAGGCAGCUCACCUCUUAGCCCAAGCAUUUAUCUAAGUGGACAGGGCCCAAGGCAUCAAAGAACUAAUUGGACUGAUGCAGACAUGCGACCUAGAGGCUUAAUGAUGCAUCCUGUGCCCAAUAUGAUGCCACCAUACAAUGUUGUACCUGGACAUCACGUUCGCCAGCGAUUGUUUGCUCCAAACAAUGUUAGAGGCAGAGGCAGGGUUAGAAUGUCUCACAUGCCUAGGCAGAAUAAAAAUGAUGAUGAUGAUGAUGUCAUUGUUACAGCAGUUGUGAGAAAUGCUCCAGCCGCCAGACGAUCAUCCGUCAACAGUGGACCUCCAUCUCAAUUUGGUAGGAUAGCCCCAAUGACUAGACUUCCACCACCUCAAUCAGCUAACAGAAGGAUGCGUGGAGCUUUGCCAACACACCCUAGGGCACCUCCUCCAAAACAGUUUGACAUUAGCAAGCACUUUGAAGAUUUGGCCUGUGUUGUGAACUCUGCAGGGGAUGAAGAUGGAGUGUUUCCUGGGGAUGAUGAUAUCCAGAUACUUGGAGUCACUCCAGCCAAAGAGAAAGAGAAACUCAAGCAACCAAGAGCUGUUGAUGCUAGCAAAUUUUCCUUUUGCUGUGUGCAUUGUGGUAAAGAUCAAGGGUCAAAACAGCAAAUGAAACAGCAUAUGAAAUCUUAUCACAAUGAUUCGUUGAUAGGUGCUUUUACAAAUUUAGAAUCUGGCCAGUUACUGUUUUUCUGUCCUCAGCUAGUCUGUGAGUUUAUGACAUAUGAUGAAACAAGGCUAAGUGAACAUCUGCAGAAAUGUUACAAUUUAGAGAACUCUAAAUCUGUUGACAUCAUAACUGCUAUUAAGAAUCUGAAAUCUUUAAAGAUUAGACAAUUAGAUGUUAGGUCUUUGGGGAGAUCCCAGACUAAUCAAAAUCAUCUAAAUGGACAAGGGCUUAAAGAUAAUUUUAGUAAUAGCCUCAAUGAUGCUUUUGAUGACAUUGUUGUGAAUGCUUCUGGAAGGCAUAUGUCUAAGCCUUCAUUGCACCGUCCACUACCUGUGCAGCAGAAUCACUUUACACCACCACAUCAAAAUGCUUUCACUUCAAGGUACUCGGGGGGAGCACCUGUUCCAGUCAAGCAAGCAUCAGGCUUUCAACCUCCACUGAGACCAAGAUUCUAUGGUCAGUCUCCAUUUCCUGGUAGACCUUUACUCAGUGAAAUGCCUAGACAUGUACUCCCUAGAUUCCCUAAUACAAGGCCAGACUUAAGAUCCAUACGGGGAAUGCACCCAGUCAGAUCUGGACGGCCUGUGGGUACUGGUCAAAGAGGUCAAGCAAGAUCUUCAUCCCGGCCUAUAAUCUCUGGUCCCCAGUUUGGAGGUGAGCAAGAGCCAAUAGUUAUUGAUGAUGAGCCUUCAUCUCUUGUAACAAGUGGCUCAUUGCACUCUGAACUGACUGCUACUCAUGUGUAUGAGACUAAUUGGGCUAAUGGACAAACUACAGCUGCCCAUUCAUCAGUGUUACUUGAAGAUACUGGAAACAAAGUUACGAAUGUUUACAAUUUGAGAAAUCAAACAUUAUCUGACACUCAAGGAACAACAAAUGAUUUCCUGGGUUCAGUUCAAAAUGCUAUAAACGUCACUUCUGACCAGUCAAUAACAGACAGCAAUUUUACAUCCAAUAUCUCAGACUCCACUAACUGUAACUUUAGAGCCAAUGUUUUAGAACCUUCCACAUCCAUGAGUCAGUACUCUUCUGAUAGUGGACACUUGUACUCUACCUCAGCACAAACUAGAGCUAUUGAAGUGACCUCUCUUUCGCACAGUGAAUGUGAUGUGUUUGAUCCCAACAGACCUAGAGUUCAGAGUUUAGUUUCUUCUCCAGAAGCAAUACAUGAAAACAAUGCAACCCCAGGAGAAAAUGGGGAUGAGGAAGAAAAAAAUUAUGCAAACAUGCUUGAAAAAGUGUUUGCGAAAAUACCAAAUAUGCCAAAAACUUUAUCUCAAAGGCUAAUAUUUCAAUUCAAGCAGUAUUCCCAGAAUAUAGGUGUUAAAAUCACAUCCAAAGUUGUUGAUGAGUUUGUUAACAAGAUAUCUUACAGAGGAUCAAAGGCAGCUAAACCUGUAGCUCCUGUCACACCACCUCUAGAGCAGGAGCAGAGUAGUUCACCUGAAGUACCAAGUGGGACUGACAUUCACCCUUGUCAAAAUACACCUGAUGUUCUUACUACCAAAGUCAUCAUGGCCAAUACCCAGUUGACAUUUUCUGGUCCUUUUGCCAAGAUACCUUUUAAAAAAAGUGACAGUUCAACAUCAAUGAGUGAUGGAUCUGUUUCUAGUGAUAGUUGUAACUAUGAGAAAAGUAGUACUUCCACUGAAGGUUCUCAAACAGUGAAGUCAACAGACACUGGUAACAAACAUUUUCCUGCAGAUUCAAAUGAUAAUGCUCAAAAUGUUUUGUCUCACUCUCAACAAUCUUCCAUCCAGCCUUUCCACAUAGAUAAAAGAUUCCAAAUGAAACAAAAGAACCUUCUGAGGAGACACAGUGCAGAUCUUAUUCAUCAACAUACUACUAGUAGUGAAGUAACACGGUCCAGUUCGUGUCCCCUGAAUUUAUCAGAGCAUUGGCUGUCUGAGCCAUCUAAUGCACACACAAAAAUUAUUAGAACUCCAAAGUUAGUGCAUGAAAUUUCAUCACAGCUGGUAGGAGUCACUGCAGAGGAUGUUCAUGCUUCUUCCUUUGAGGUUGACUUUGCUGCUCCUUCAAUAUCACUGAAGGAAAACUGCCUGUCUUUGAUGUCAUCAUCUAGUCCCAUUCUUAUAUCUUCCAGUGUGGACCCCCUUGUGUCCCAAAAUAAAGAUAUUGAAAUAGAUAUAGCAGGAAAACCUGAAAAUCCAAACUUACUGUUGGUUGAGAAACUGGAACCAUUAGAUAGUCUGGAUCAUGAGCCUUCUGAUGGUCUGGAGAGAGAAUCAUUUGAUGAUGAUCUACCUCCUGAGGGUUUAUCAUCCAUUAAUAAACUAAUGAUACCAGAAACAAAACACCUAAUUAAGAAACAUUCUGUAAAGGGAAAAAGAGUAACAAACAAGAAUAAAAACUCUUCAUUAAUUGAUACAAAGACGGGAAAGCUGAUACUUAAAAUUACUAAGAGGGGGAGGCCUAGAUCAAAACCUCCUGUAUCCACUAACUCAGUUGUAAUAGCCAAAGAGGAUUUAGAAGUCAACAAGAUUGUUAGCAAGGUGGAACAAAAAGAAAACUCCAUCACUAAUGAAAAGAUGAAAGUGAAGACUAGCCUCGAGACUAAAGAGGAUGUAGAUGUUACAGAGAAAACACAAAGCAACAACAAUGUGGAGAUGAUGUCAGACUGUGAUAGGACAAGUCAAGAAGAUGUCAUUGAUUUAAAAAAAAAAGAUGGUGAUGAGGAAGAAAAGGAUAAAUCUGAUGUAAAAGAAAAAGGUGAUAGUGAAGCUAAUGAUGACUUUGAUCAGACGGAGACAGAUAAUUGUGAGAGAGAGUUGAAAUCUGAAAUAUUUGUUCGGAGAUCAGACCGUAAACGCAAAACAGUCCAAAGUGAUUACAGGGAAGCAGAUCUGGAUGAACUUCUUGAGGACAGUGAAGAGGAUUACAAUUUUGAUGAUGACUCUGAGAACGAUGAGAGUACCUGGAUGAAACAGUCAGGUCUUACUCCUGUGUCCAAGAAAAAAGUGAAAAAACCAAAAGACCCUCCUGACCCAACAGCAUUUGAUAUCUCCAUCAAAGGGAAGUUCAAAUGUUGGUUGUGCAAAAAAGUGUUUCUAAAAACUAAUUGUGCAAAAGCUCACCUUUUGAAAAAACAUAAAGAAGGCUUGUGUUGUAUUGAUGUAAUACAAUCUGAAGAAACAGACACCCCCCAUUUGCUGCUGUAUUGUCUUCAUGACUGUAAAUAUGCAACCUUUAGUCUGGAUGGAUUCAAGAACCAUAUGGCUAACUGUCAGAAACCUGAGUACUCUGGUCAAGAGGAGAAUUUCUUCAAGCAAAAUGAAACAUUUAUUGAGAUGCUUUAUCCUGAGUUGAUGAAAACAGAUGUGAAAGACUUAGUUCAAACAAGCACUCCUAAGGACCCUUGUAAGAGUAGUAAACCAAAGAAAACUAAAAAGAUGAAAGAUGCAGAGAAAACAAGUUCAGACCCUCAUCUUGUCAGUGGUGAAGAUCUUCCUCAGCCACCUAACACCUGUUCAGCUGUUCACAAAAUGAAUCUUCAGACCAGCUCAGCAGACUUCAAGGAGACUUAUCAGUCUCAUGUUCCUGCUGAUGUGCUCAAUUAUUCAGCCAAAGUAAAUUAUUCUGUUAGUGGUAACAACACUCAGCAGUUUACAAGAUUACAAGCUUCAGAAGGCCGGAAGUCACUCCCUGAGCAGAGUACAGCCCAAUUAAAUAAUCAGCAACAUUCUCAGAAAAUACCUAUUGAGAACUUAGCUCAAAGAUCAACUUCUGAGCAGCUUGCUCCAAGAUUUUCAACUACUCAGCAGGCUCCAAGAUUAACAGCUGAGCAGUACACUCCAAAACCAAUGGCUGAUCAACUUUCACCGAGAUUCAGGGUGGAAAACACUCCAAGACCAAUGGCUGGUCAGCAUCUAGCAGGAUUAAGGGUUGAACAGCAUGCACCAAGGUUAAUCACUGAACAGCAUCUUCCAAGAUUUAGACCAGGGCCACCUAUUGACCGCCCUCCUACUUGUGAUCGACAAAGUCAAAGGUUCCCUGAACAGUCCCUGACACUUGCUAUGCAAUCAAAACAUAAUCUGACAUAUCAAACUCAUGCAUCUCAGUCUCAUUCUGUAAGAUCUAUGGCUCAAUCUGGCCAGAAGCAACAAGCUCAGAAAGAUAUUAAUGUUCAGUUAAGAAAUGGGGAAGUUGCACGUUUGUACCAGACAUCUAAACAUGGACCACCAUCAAGACAGGUAACCCUUGAGUGUAAUCAGAAGGUGCGAGAUGAGUCCUAUCUUUCUGAAUGGCAUGUAGAAAGUAUUUCACAAAGUGACCAGCAAGAAACAGAUGGUAUCUUUAUGGAAGAAGAUGGAAUCAUAUGUUUGGAAUGAUUUCUACAUUUUGUCAUUUUUGGGGAAAAAUGUAAUGAUUAUUUCAUUUCCAAGAUUGCAUUAAUAGAAAGCCUUUUUAUUUAUGAGUCCACUUUAAGUGUUGUAUAAAUAUAAUAAAUGACAUUUUUAUUAUUUGGCAUAAUUUCCAUGUUGAAAUGUGAUGUGAUUCUUUUUCAGAUUGUGACAGUUAUGUUGUGCUUACAGUAGAAAUAACUCUUGUUUUUUUGUUUGUUUUUUUUUGUUGUUUUUUCUUUCCAAUAAUCUGUAGGUUUUACAGUAUCUGUUCAUAGGUUUAUAUAGUAUUUUGACAUUUAUAUAAAUAAAUGUUAUUUGUUUUUGUUUCUAAAUUCUAUCUCUUAAAAUGGCUUUUUUUUUUUAAUUUACAAGCUUUAAGUUUUCCAGCUUCAAAUAUUGUUUGUCUUUUAAAGAUCUAAAAUUAUUUGAUUUAUAAAUAUCAGUUACUAUUUUUGCAACAAUGUUAUUCUUGUUUUAUUGGUUCAUUAUGUUUGGUAUCAUCUGACUGCUCUAUAAUGAAUAUGAAUUUAAAAAUAUAUUAAAAUAAAGAUUCUUUUAAACACAGCAAAGCUACCAGCUGUGGUCAAGAUUACAAAAUUGGGUCAAUGAGAUUCAGUUAUAUUGCAACUCAAGAAAAAAAAAUUCAAUGCUUGGAGGGUGUUGUUGGGAUGGGGUAUUAAGAAAAUUCCCCAAACAUUAAUAUAUUUGUAAAUACUGUACUAUAGAUAAUAAAAAAAAAUGUUAUAUUGAGUAAAUAAAUGCUAUGCUAUAGUGUUGGUCUGCUCAUUAUUCUGGCUUCAACAAAUAAGGUGAAAUGCAAAGAAAUUCUUAAGAUGGGUCUGUGGCAUGUGCUUGUAAGAAAUAAUCAUCAAGCCAUUAAAUAACAUUUCUAUAUCUGCUUUCUAAAUCUACUUGCCAAUUGACAGAUGAUAAUAUUUCCUAUUUUCUUAAGAUAAAAAUCUUUGCAUUCUUAUGUAUUUCAAAUAGACAAAUACACAAGAUAAAUUUUGUUAUCUAUAACUUACAUAAUUGGGGGGGGGGGGGGGGGGGACAUAAACAUAAUUGAAAUGAAAUGGCUAUUACUGUUAUAGUAGCAGUGCUAUUUUUGUUUUUUUUUUUUUUUGCCACCAAGUCCUUGAAAAUAAGAACAGAGCUGUGUAACUCAUUGUUGGUAACAUAUACAUUGUGACAUAAUACUAGAAGACAGCAUGUUGUUCUAGGCACUUGAUCUUGUCCUAUGCAUACUUGACUCCACUGUUCUCUCUUCACAUUCAAAUCAUUUUAUAUUGGUUACAGAGGAGACUGAAACUAGGAAUGUAAACAAAUUACAUCAAUUAUUCUUGUUUUUUUUUUUGGUGUUAUAUUCUAAUUAUGGUAAUUAAUAUUUUGAGUUUAAUAGAAAUAUUCAGUACAUUAGACAUGUCAUUCUAAAUGCAUGAUGGAAGGUAUAACUCAAGAUUCAGAUUAAUCUAAGUAGCAUGUGUAGUAGCCUACUAUUAAUUACUUUGGUUUUACUCUAAUAGUCUGCAUUUAUAAUGUUGAGCAUUUGUUCUCCAAUGUAUUGGCUUGUAAGGAACAAGUGUACAAUGGAGACUACUCACUAGAGUGUCUGGUUAGGGUUUAUUGUUUCUUAGUUUGGAAGCAAGUUCAAAUGCUUUUAACAGAUUCUUAUUUUUCAAAGUGAUCAUUCUAUAUUUCAAUCACUAGAGUAUGUUACAUUUUUGUGUUUAUGAUGUCACUGUUUCCAUACAUGAACAGGUUUUACUAAUAAAAUGACAAAACUUCCAAAUUGUUGGUGA